AAGGAGAGAGGCGGGGGAGGGGGAAAGAAGGCAAGGCUUCCACUGCGCCUGCGCCAGCCCCUCAGUGCGCCUGCGCGCCGCGGCGCCCGAGUGCAGUGAAAUUCCGUGAAGAGGGGGGGGUUUGAAGAAGAGGAAAAGGAGACAAAUUGUAAUUAAAAAAAUAAAUUAAGAAGAAGAAGAAGGUGGUGGGAGAAGGUGAAGCCUGAGGGGAGAGGCUCGGGAGGGGGGCGAGGGAGGGCCGGCCGUCGCCUUUCCCCUCAGAGAAGUCUCCUCAGGAGGGGCUCCUCGCGCCUCCCCCCUCGAGGCGCUGCUGUGGCGGCGGCGGAGGCCCUCGGCGGAGGGGGGCUCGGCGUGAGGCGGAGGAGGGACAGCGGGGGUCGCCGGCGGGCUCCAGCCCGGCCAUAGAGGCCGGAGGAGGAGGAAGAAGAAGAGGAGGAAGAGGAGGAGGAGGAGGGAAAGGAGCGGGAGCUGCCGUCGCCGCCGCCGCCCCAGCCCGCCUCCCUCCCCGGGCACCGGCGGGGAGAAUGACGGAGCUCCAGUCCGCGCUGCUACUGCGGAGACAGCUGGCAGAGCUUAACAAAAACCCCGUAGAAGGCUUCUCAGCAGGCUUGAUAGAUGACAAUGAUCUCUACCGAUGGGAAGUCCUCAUUAUUGGUCCUCCAGAUACAUUGUAUGAAGGCGGUGUCUUCAAGGCUCACCUUACCUUCCCAAAGGACUACCCCCUCAGGCCGCCAAAAAUGAAAUUUAUCACAGAAAUAUGGCAUCCAAAUGUUGACAAAAAUGGUGAUGUCUGUAUUUCCAUCCUUCAUGAGCCUGGUGAAGACAAGUAUGGCUAUGAGAAACCUGAAGAACGCUGGCUUCCCAUCCAUACUGUGGAAACCAUAAUGAUUAGUGUAAUUUCUAUGCUGGCAGACCCCAACGGCGACUCUCCUGCUAACGUUGAUGCAGCGGUCUCCAAUGAGGAAACAUGGCACUGUUUUCCCUGCACUCUCUCCACCUACUGCUGGACUUCUGUUUAUACCAAGUUGGCAGACACUGGCUGGAACUGGGCUGCAAUAAAACUCGCCAGUCAUUCAUGCUGACAAAGCGCCUAACAAGUGCCAACAAGGAUUUGCGCAUUUUGAAAACUAAUGGAACUGCUUUAACCUUCAGGAAGAAUUGUAAAGAUGUGUACAUAGCACAACAUGAUCCGGAUAAUAUAUAUACUGUUCAUGUACAUCCACAGAUACACAUUGUACCAAAUAAUGCUGUCUUGUAGUUAGAAUAAGAAUCGUGUAAAUUCUAAAAGAUUUUUAGCAGGUUCUCCUUCUUCUCUCCCCCAGCCCUCCCCAAUUCAUGUUUUUCUUACAAGUCUUUAAAAACUUCUCGUGAAGCAUGUCAGACUAAAACAAAUUAGGAUUUAAAAAUAAAUUCCGUUUUAACGCCUUUUCUUUUCUGCCAUUGAAGCUUCAUUUAAAUCUUUAACUUUAAUAAAGUUCAAUACCUUUGUAACUCUUCCCCUUAACUUUUUUUGUUCCAGAUAACAUUAAUUAAAAAAACAACAACACUGAGAAUCUGUUCCUUGAUUCGAAUGAAUGACUUGAGCACCAUCACCAGGAGGUGCGCUUCUUUCCCUGUGUUGUGACCCAGCUGUGUUCAUCUUCUGGCUUCAAUGCAGCAAUAAGAUUUACAGCUGUGGAGCACCUUUAAGCCUGAUCUUUCUGCUCCCCCUUUCCCUAAGGGCUGCGAGCAUUUUGCUUUGGAAGUGGUCAGCUAAGUAAGUUAGCCCAGUAUAGGUUGAACUGCUUUUUUUUUUUUAAUUUCUUGCCUGGUUUGAAGUUGGAUAAAUAAAGGCAUGCAAGAACUGUA